AUGGGGAUUAGAGAUGGGGUGCUGGAUUAUAGGGGGAGUUGUGGGAAUAUGACGGCGGGGGUGGCGGCGUUUGCUGUUGAUGAGGGGUUGGUUGAGGUACCCCCCGCUGGAAAGGAUGGGGAGGAGGGGGGGGAGGCGGUGGUGCGGAUUUAUAAUACCAAUACCGGGAAACUGAUCGAAGCCACCGUCCCUGUCAUCGCGGGGGAAGUGGCGGCGGUGGGCGACUUCGCGAUCUCAGGCGUACCAGGGACAGGGGCGUGUAUCAAGCUCGCCUUCCUCGAACCAGCGGGGUCGGUGACGGGGAGGUUGUUACCGACGGGAGGGGGGAUGGAUGUGUUUGAUGGUGUUGAGGCGACGUGUAUUGAUGCGUCGAAUCCGUGUGUUUUUGUUGAGGCGGAGAGUAUGGGUGUUAGUGGCACGAUUUUACCGGCUGAGAUGGGGGGGCAUCCGGAUUUACUGAGGAGGUUGGAGUCAAUUAGGUGCCAGGCGGCGGUGAGGAUGGGGAUGUGCUCCAGGAUUGAGGAUACCCCAGCUGGGGUACCCAAGAUUAGUCUUGUUUCCCCACCUACUGGGAACGAGGGAGAGAGGGGGGAGGGAGGCGUGGAUAUUGUCGUCCGAGCUGUCUCGACGGGGGAUCCGCAUGGGGCGGUGCCGAUUAGUGUUGGGGUCUCUGUGGCGGCGGCGGCGGGGGUGGAGGGGUCGGUUGUGGCGAGGGUUAUGAAGGGGGGUCGGAGGGGGGAGGGGGUGGUGGUGGCGCAUCCGAGUGGGAGGAUGGUGGUUGAUGCGAGGUUUGAGGGGGGAGGUUGGAGAGGGCGGUGGUGUUUAGGACGGCGAGGAGGAUUAUGA